UCUGAAGUCAGCAUUCGGAUCUCAUCCAACACCAUCCUCCUUCUCUUCCACAUUCUCACGUUCUUUCUUGAAAACAGACCCAGGCCCACUGACACGGUCAUUGCUCUCUUGGCCCUCGCCCACCUUGGGAUGUUUGUGAUCAUGGGGUCCACAGCUGCUGAUGUUUUUCCAUCUCAGGUUGUUUGGGAUGACAUCACAUGCAACUCCCUUAUCUACUUUCACAGAUUCUUUAGAGGCCCCUCCCUCUGUGCCACUUGCCUGCUGAGUGUCCUCCAGGCUGUCACCCUCAGUCCCAGAAACUCCUGUUUAGCAAAAUUCAAACACAAACCUGCACAGUGCAGCCUGUGCUCCCUUCUCACACUGUGGGUCUUCUACAUGUCCUUUGGAGCUCACUUCUCAUUCUCCUCUGCAGCCAACCACAACCUCACCUCACAUGGCCUUAUAUUUGUCACAGAAUCCUGCAUUAUUCUACCCAUGAAUUACAUCAUUAGGCACUUAUUUUCCACAUUCAGGAUAUUUCGGGAUGUGUCCUUUACAGGUCUUAUGGCCCUCUCCACUGGGUACAUGGUGACUCUCUUAUACAAACAUAAGAAACAGGCUCAGCAUCUUCAUAGCUCCAGCCUUUUAAAAGCAUCCCCAGAACAAAGGGCCACCUGGACCAUUCUGCUACUCAUGAGUUUGUUUGUGGCCAUGCACUGUUUGGAUUGCAUUGUAUCAGCCUCAAGAAUUAUAUGGAAUGAUGACCCAAUCUGUCACUGUAUUCAGAUGAUGGUGACCAACAACUAUGACACAGUCAGUCCUGUGCUACUAAUCAGUACUGAAAAACGGAUCACUAACCUGUUGAAAUCUUUGGUGAGGAAGAGAGUAAACAUUUAG